CAGGGUUAAACCAGAAGGGGCUGGGUGUUUGGGUUGGAGGGGGGCGAGGGCUUUCCCUUUUUUAAAAAAACAAACCCUCAAGGUCUCGGCACUUUUCUUUCAGGAGAAGGGAAAAGGCAAGAAGGCAAGCAGGGAGGAAGGAAGGACAAAAGAGCAGGAGGCUUGGAAAGUUGAAAGCGGCAGGUCGGGCCGCCCCAAAGAGGGCUCGCUUGGCGCAUUGUCACCUUCCCAGGAGCCGAGGCACUUGCUUUGCCUUCCUCACGGCUGGCGGGCCAAGAUAGCAGGCAGUGAAGAUGGGUGACUGGAGUGCUCUGGGAAGGCUCCUUGACAAGGUCCAAGCCUACUCCACUGCAGGAGGAAAGGUGUGGUUAUCUGUACUUUUCAUUUUCCGAAUCUUGCUAUUGGGAACGGCUGUGGAGUCUGCCUGGGGUGAUGAGCAGUCGGCAUUCCGGUGCAACACCCAACAGCCUGGUUGUGAAAACGUCUGCUAUGACAAGUCCUUCCCAAUCUCUCAUGUGCGCUUCUGGGUUCUUCAGUUUAUUUUUGUGUCAGUGCCCACACUCAUGUACUUGGCACAUGUCUUCUACGUGAUGCGUAAAGAAGAGAAGCUGAACCGAAAAGAAGAAGAACUGAAGGUAGUUCAAAGUGAGGGGGUUAACGUAGAUAUUCACCUUAAACAAAUAGAAAUAAAGAAGUUCAAGUAUGGGAUUGAAGAACAUGGCAAAGUCAAAAUGCGUGGGGGACUGCUCCGCACUUACAUUAUCAGUAUUAUCUUCAAAUCUUUUUUUGAAGUGGCUUUUGUGCUCAUCCAGUGGUACAUCUAUGGGUUCACCCUGCAAGCCAUUUAUGAGUGUGAACGCGUGCCAUGCCCACACAAAGUGGAUUGCUUCCUUUCACGUCCCACAGAGAAAACCAUCUUCAUUAUCUUCAUGCUGGUGGUUUCAAUAAUAUCUCUCACUUUGAAUGUCAUCGAAAUUUUUUACGUUGUCCUCAAGAGCAUUAAGGAUCGCAUGAAGACAAAAAACGACCCAUUCUCUCCCAACAGCGGCUUGAGUCCUUCCAAGGAAUGCGGGUCCCCUAAAUAUGCCUACUUUAAUGGUUGUUCCUCUCCAACCGCCCCAUUGUCACCCAUGUCUCCACCCGGGUACAAGCUCGUCACUGGAGACAGGAACAAUACCUCUUCUUGUCGUAACUACAAUAAGCAAGCUAGUGAACAAAACUGGGCAAAUUACAGUGCAGAGCAGAACAGGAUUGGACAAGCUGGGAGCACAAUCUCCAACUCACACGCCCAGAACUUCGAAUUUGCAGAGGAGCCUGAGAACACAAAAAAAAUAGGACAUGAGCUACAGCCUCUCACAGUUGUGGACCAAAGGCCUCCAAGCAGAGCCAGCAGUCGAGCCAGCAGCCGACCUCGACCUGAUGACCUGGAAAUCUAGCCCUCUCAGGCUGCAAGAGGGUUACUUAACACAACUAUGCUAUGAAAUGCAUUAGAAUAUGCAGACAUGCUGUUCAUGCGGUUCCAUUGGAGAUGGUACUUUAACAAUCUCAAUCUGGAGAUUUUAACAAACAUUUUUUUAAAACUUGGAUUUUUUAAAAAAGUGGGAAGUUGGGGUGGUGUGGGGAAGGGCAGCACGUCUUGGUAUUUAAAGUAGCUGAUUUAAAAAUGUUUAAUGCUCUUUUAAAAAAAACCUUAGUCAAUGCUAAAGUAGUGGGUUGGUUUUUUGUUAUGUUUUAGAAAGAUUAUAAAAUGUCUGGACUUUUGUGUCUAUAAUAUACUGAUUCUUUUCCUAAAGAGUUUUGUUUUUGUUAUGCUAAAAACAAAUGUUAAAUUGAGUUAAUUUGGGGGCCAGGAUGAAAUGACGAUGGUAUUCAUUUAUUAAGCAACUAACAUGUUGCAAGUUGGAUUUUUGAACUUUUUUUUAAAAAAAUAACAUUCCAUUGUUAACAAGUGCACUUUGAAGGAAAUUUUACUGGCAUGAACUUUUCAGUGUCUAUAUCUGGCAUGAGCCAACUUUGGACCUCCAGGUGUUUUGGACUUCCACAAUUCCUAACAGCCGGUAAGCUAGCUGGGAUGUCUGGAAGUUGAAGUACAAAACACCGAGAGGGCCAAAGUUUGCCCGUGCCUGGUCUGUACACUCCUGCUAUUAUAGUAUGUUUCCCUGGAAUUGCACAAUUCCCAUUCCAGACAAGGCCCACCCAAUAUGCCUUGAACAUUUGCUCCUUAUGCUUCAGAUACAGCAAUCUUUGGUUGAAAUUGACCACUACUGUCAGAUCCUACUGAUUGCAUAUAACUUCUCUGUGAAUCUGAACAAGGAUGCAGUGUGGUUUCAUACUUUUAACCACAGACAGCAAGCCUGUCAAUAGCUAAACCUUACUGAAAGUAGUGGGAUUUCAACUAUUGUCACUGGAAUUGCAACCACUAGAUUUUAAACCAGAAUUCUGAAAGCACUGAGAAUGUUUCCACUAAUUUUACUGACAGUUGUAGUGCAUUGGUAGAUGUACUGAUUCUGUUCUAUAUAUCCCAACUCUCAUACCAAUAUCCUGUGGAUAGGGACCAUCUCGGUUACUUCAAUAUGCACAAACUGAUUUUACAACCACACAAAAAUAAUGUGAAUGGAAAGCUCCUGGAUAAUUGAGAGCUUUGGGUGUUCAUUACCAUAUCCACAUCACUUGUUUAUUUGUAUAUUAUUUUUAAAGACAUGGAAUUGCAGAGGCAUUCAUAGAUUAUAAACUCACUCCAAUGUGCACACAAAAUGCUUAAAUGUUUUGGGAUAUUAUGGGUAACUAUGAUGUUUACAUGAAACGAUUGCAGCAGUGCAAGCAAGAUUCAUAUCAACAACUUCAAUCUUGUUUUCAUAUUUCCUAUAGCAGAUGUUUUGUUUUUUUAUACAUAUAAAAUAUGAAUACCAUCAUAAGAAUCAAGUCCUGGCAACCCUUGAAAUAAUCAUAUUUCACUUCCAUUUUGUCUGUAUAAGGAUUUAUGACUAAGACACUCAAAGUUGCAGACUUCUGCAGUUAAGAAUUAAUUUCUUUCUUUGUUUUUUUUCAAAAAAAGAAGAAAUGAAACUUCUAGCUCUCCUAGUCCAUUUCUUUUAUCUGUUGUAAUUUAUGCUUGAAUAAUACAGAUGGUAGCAAAGGAAGUGGGGUUGGGGUGGGGAGGGAGAGGGGAAUGCUAGACUGACAAUAAUGUGAGAGAUUGGGGAACAGUUUAUUCAUCCAUGUGCACCCUGUAGGUCUGCAGUUAUUAUAUAAUAACUUCACAGAUCACAUCAAGGACAGAGCUAAGAUGUGAAAAGAGAUGCUUGAUAACUGCAACCCUAGUUGACUGUGUGAAUGGACCCUUACACACACUGCUUUGAGCUGUACUAAUAAUACGUGCCUACAUUGGUUUUAGAGUAAUUAAGGAUGUUUUUGCUUGUUGUUCACUUGCAAACCAGCUCAACUAAAUAUUAUGGUUUGGUUCAAUUCUCAUCAUUCAUUCCUUCAUGAGACUUUUGAUAUUUGCACAUAAUGUUUUGUCAGGAUGCAAGUGAGGACAAUUCUAAUUUAUUUGAAAUAUUUACUAUGGAAAGAUACCAGUUUUUAUGUUCUUUGUCAACCACAGUGCCUUCUAAUUCAACACAGUUCAACCAGAAACGUAGCCUUGGUUUCCUUUUGCAACAACACAGAUUUAUAGGUUUAUAUAACAUGUUUUACUAAGUUGUUUGACGUUCUCUAUUAAAAAUCAUUGCCAAACUCAUUGACUGCAUGAAUGCCACCAUAGUUCAUCAAAUCACAUUGUCUGGAGAAAAAACUUAGUCAAUAAAGUUUUAAUUUAGUAUAAA